AGUCAACAUCAACCCAGAGUUUCUGAGCUAGAGCUUAAUUUUUGUAGUGCUGGUAGAAUAUAGCAUUUUUUAAUAUUCUGGUUAAGUUACAAACAGUAAACAGCAUUGCCUGAACAAAGGACAACAUCUUUUGGAAGUGUUUGAACAGAAGGAAAACUGUAGCAGUACAUUCUGAACAUAAAAUGGAAAUGGCAGAAAGAAAGAUUACACCUUCUGCUCACAAAUCAGGAAAACUCCUGCGAAAAAUCUGGCACCUGAACUUGCUAGCAAGAGGUUUGCUUCUGAAAAGUGAUCUGGAUAAUGAAGAGAUUAUGGAGUAUGUGCAACGACUGAUCUAUUCAACAGAAGAGCUGAGUGGAUCUCUCAUUCAACAGCUGGGGAACAUUACAGAAAAUCUUCAAGACACUUUCCACUUGCUGAGUACUCUUCUUGACAAACACAAGGAAUUGACUGCAAGUCUAGGCAAGUAUGGAGAAUCCACUCUGCGAAAGGAAUGGACUGGGUGUACUGGAUAACAAUUUCUGUUGUGUGAUGAUACUGGGGGAUUUUAAUUUUCAUUUGUUAGCAUUUCAGCAUUUGGCCAUUCAUUAGAACAAAGGAAUUAAUAUUUCAAAUAUUAUGUCACUAACUAUUUUGUGAGACCCAAUAUAAGAUUCAUAAUUCUCAUUAUAUGAGAAUAAUAAAUGUAUAUAAUUAAAUAAACCAUUCUUUUACUGUUUUAUGUACACCACAAUGAGGUAGAUUGACAUUGGCCAGAUGCCUGACACCCAAUCAGCCACUCUCCGUUAUCAGCAGGGCAGGAGGAGAAAACAUGACAGAAAAUGGUUGAGAUAAAAACAGGGAGAUCACGUACCAUCCCAAGCUAAAUAUAGUCAAGAUCCAAGAAUAAUUCAUUUGAAACUGAAAAGGUAUUGCAGAGAAAUAAUUUUUAGACUGAGAUCAACCAUGAAAAAAUUAUCUGGAACUGUACUCUUUGUAGUUUUAAAUUAUUCAGGUGUUGAUAGAGCUGAAAGUGAAAGGUCUAUCUAAAUCAUAUAAUAUCACACCUAUGAAAUUCUUACUCCAUACAAUUAUUUCCUUGAAAACUUUGAGAUACUGAUUUACUUCAUAUGACACUAUUGAAUAAAGUGAACGAAAUCAGUGUUUUCCCCUAAGAUUUGUAUCAAAACUUUUCUUUUUUCUCCCUGUAUGACAUUCUCUUUCUAUUAUGAGUCAAGAGCAGGCUACAUCAUGUUUCAUCCGUACAAUUUUCUUAUUUGUAUUCGCUUCCACUGGAUUUAACCCGAGAAACAUAGCUUUCCAAAAUCUCAUGCAGAAAACAGAAAUUAGCAAGAAUUUCUCCCAGAGCUUUGCAGUGCACUUAAUUAAUGAAGACACAGUUCCAGAUAUAAACAGAUUGACAAUGUAAGCUGAGGAGAGAGCUGAAAGUAAUACAGAUAAAUCCUUAGAGAGAAUACCGGGAAUGAUUUCUAAGGAAAGGUGUAAGAUAAGACAAAUGAAGGAUGAUAAAAUAAAUGCUUAUAUUAAAGAUAGAAUAUUAAGUGAAUGUCAGAAGAUGAUUGGUUUUGCUGCCCACUUCUUCAGCAAGAACUUUUAGUUAUAUUCAAGGGAAACUUCUACAAUUCCUAUAACUGGAUGCUACAGUACUGUAUAUGUAUAUAUAAUUUACAUUAUACCUUGCAAACAGUAAAGAAUGUUUAAUACUAAGGCCAGGUAAAACAGCUUUGUUGAAGCCCCAUAUACCAGAAUCUUGCAGGAUUCAAAUUUAUAUGUAAUUAAUGUUCAGUUUUCAAACUGUUUCCAAGUUGAUUAUGCUACUGAUUAUCAACUUCCUGCUUUUGAUUGUCUAUCAUUAUGAGUUUAGCUAGUGUCUGUCUGAUCAAUAAAAUGGAGUUCAUUAGAGCUGCCACAGAAGUACUGGGAAAAUUAGAGUUUUACUUGUUUGUAUUCAGUUCUUCUUCAGAAAUUCACUCAAACUGAAUAGCAAUAAAUGUGAAAACAUUAAAUGGAAGCCAGAAAAUGUAUUCUACUUCAUAUGUUGUACGGCAGCAUAGAACGAGUUGGAAUUCGCUAACUACAUGUGUAAGUUUUUACAUUUUUAUAGCUUUCAUAGCAAAAUUCAUUUGGUUACCUACUUUUUUUCCUCAGAAUAUCAUGAUGUUAUAGAUCGUCUGCAGAAAAUGAAGGACUAUUUGACAAAUACAGUUUCACACCUUCAAGAGGCCAAAAAUAAACUUCAUGCAGCUAGCUGCCAACAAGAUGAUGUUUCUCAGAUCCUGGCUGCUCAAAAUGCUUUUGUAGAAACUAGAGUAUGUUAUUCUGAAAGAGAAGCAAAGCAAUCUGUGCAAGCAUCCUUUAGUCCCAGCCAGCAACACCAAAGAACUCCUUCCCUAAGCAAGACAGAAACUCAGAACAUUAAUCAAGUUCAGCCACGUGAAAUUAAAACUGCGAAAAAAGAAACGGUUGCAUCAUUAACUGAAAAUACAUCUGUCAGAGAACAGGAAGUUAGGAGAGAACCUCCAAUAACGAAAGAAGAUGGUGAAUACAGAGUGCUAACAACCUAUAUUUCAGAGAUAAUAGAUAAUAAUGGAAAAGAUAAACCUCACAGUGAUGGUUCUUCUCCUGAAAAAUGUCCAGAACUGACUGGUCAAGAUGAUCUUACGGGCAGUGGAGAAAGUAUUUCAUCUCGGUCAUCAACAGAUACUCAUGACAGAACUGUCAUAAAUCUUUCUGAACAGGAAAAAGAACUUAAGUUGGCAGAGCAAAUGCAAGACAAUAGAAAGGAAACAAAUUAUGAUAUGCAUAGGAAUGAUCUAAUUUCUGACACAUCUUCAGCACAAACCAGUGAUCUUAAUGAUGUGAUUUCUUCAAUGAAUGAUUCAGAAGAUGUGCAAAAAUAUAGGCACUGGUUAAACAAAGAAUUUGUAGUGGAAGAGAGUGGUAAGAGUGAACAUAAAAUACUUUGCUUCAUUAAAGCCCCCGCAACUGCUCUGGAGAAUCUGGCAUGUACAAUAGUCAAUGACACAAGUUCCUUGGUGGUGGAUGAUUUUGAGGAGCUGGUCAGCAAUGUCAUCAGUGUUGAUUGCUCUGAUUAUGAGAAAACUAUCCCUUUCCCUAUUAACAUUGCAAUCCCAUUUACUUCACACUUUAGAGGAAAUUAUCGGGAGAUUAUGGUGAAGGUGACAGACGUGAACUUUCAAUCACAUUACUUAACUCCCAUUUCUCUGGAAGGAUACCACGGAAACCACAAGGAAACCUUUGCGGAAGUGAAAGUUUAUCAGCUGGGUGUUUUUUCUGUGUUGUCAUGCUUAAAGGAAGAAACAUUUACUGUUCCAAAAUCAGGACUCUCACAAAACCUGAGCAUGGAUUCUAGGAUCUCUUUCUAUUACCCUUCAGAAACAUUCACUUCUCCAGCAACCAUGAAGUUAAAGAUUCAUCCAAUUGAACCAUCAUUGAUUUCCACACUGAAAGCAAGAAAUGACAUGUAUCUCUCAGUGGUAUCUACCAGUGCACUGGUUUAUGUCCACCAUCCUUCAGCCCAACCAUUUAACAACUCAGUCACCAUUACUCUACCCUGUCCUCCAAACCCAGAAAAAAAAAGGCAGGAGGAGGAGACAGAGCAAGUGAGAGCUAUUACUUCUACAGUAAAGAGGGUUGCUGCAGCAUACCAUCCUCGGGCUAUGAGUUCUUUGAGAAAGAAUGGAGAGAAUCUCAGUGAUACUUUCAAAUUAUUAGGUCACAGAAACAAAGAUGAGUGGAUGGUCUUUGAUGACAUUAUUAUCCAGAAUGCACAGAAUGGACUUGUGUCAUUUGAACUGAAUGAACAUUUAGAAAGCUUUGUGGUCGUUCGCCUUUCAUUCCUCUUGGAAAACACUUAUCUCCUCCUCUUUGCUCAGGCUCUGGAAGAAGCUGUUUGUAGCACAAUGUCAAAUGUGAUACUGUAUCAGAAAAGAGAAAACCCAUAUAAAAUAAUAGUUUUACUAUCUGCAUCCAAGGAAUUGACAUGGGAAAUACAAAAUCUCCAUGAAGAGGGCUACUUUGGUCCCCCAGAACCUACACAACAGUUUCCUUUAAGAGAAGGAGAGCAAAUUCAUUUUCAAUUUAGAGGCAAUAUAUUUGCUUCAGAAAAUGGAGAAGAUUUUGGAAAAGCCUACAGGCUGAUUUUUCAUUCACAAAGAAAGCCCAGACUAGAGCUCCAUAUUAAAGAAGUGGAUGAGUUUGGUAACCACAGCUCCCCUCACUACAAAGGAACAGCAGUGUUUUACAAAAUUACCAGAGGGAUGAUAACCAAGGAAUGGAAACAGCCCUUGCCACAUGGUAAUUAUCAAAACCAGACUCCACUGUGCAAAUUACCAUUGACAUUACCAAAGCAUGAAAAGUUGAUCAACCGUCCACAAAGCACAAAAAGAAUUUUUUGUGAUUCAUCAGAGGCCCUAUGGGACAACUUGCUGCACUGGCUUGCGGAAGAGCUUGCAGAAGAUAAUACAUCACUGAAUGCUUUACGCUUGCCUGUUCGGCGGAGCGUGCUUCAGCUUGUUAGACUGAAGUGCCCUGAUAAUUUAAUACACCAGAACUAUGAGCUUCUUUGCUGCUGGCAAAAGACCCUUCCAAGGUCGGCUGACAAACAGCAGCUCCUGUCUCGCUAUUUGCAGAAGAGUGGCAGAAGGGAUCUUUCAGAAGAACUUCAUUUUAAGUGGCAAAACAAAGUGUUCACUUGACAGAAUCACUGGCAACUAAGCCCAAUUUUUCCUCUUUCUUGUUGAGAAGUGUGAGUAUUCCCUUGAUAUCUUCUGACAGCGACACUACUCAGGAAUCAGAUUGCUCUUUUAUUUGUCAAUUUGAGCUCUUUUUUCUAAAAUAGAGUAUAACAGCAAUGCCUUUUCCUGCUAGAAGUGAACAUUUCUCCUGUGGAAGAGUGAAAUAUUCACAUAAAAAUUUCAUGCAGCAUUCCAUAUACAUCCAGUAAUAAUAGUGAUCAGAUUCUCAAGAGAAAAGAAAAAUGGAUCAAUAUAAGGAUCAAAAAGAAAUUUUUUUUGGCUUCUAGGCUUUUAGUAGUAAUUACUGACUUCUAUAUUCUCAAUGAAUGUUUAUAUCCUUGUGAAUAUCUUGGAAGAUUUCUGCAUUGUCACACUAUUUCCAGAAAUUACCAGAUCCGCUGCCUCAAUAUCAUAGCACCAUAGCAACGAUUUACUUUGUUGUUCUCUUCUUUCUUUCUUUCUUUCUUUCCUUCUUUCCUUCUUUCUCUCUUUCUUUCUCUCUUUCUUUCUUUUUUCAGAUGCCCAUCCUAUUUGGAAAAAGAACUUUUUCUUCUUAUGUGUUCUAAAAUUUAAUUUAAUUGUAUUCCUCAUAUAGAGCUCUUGUGCUGAAGGUACAGAAAAUAAAAUAGAUGUGUUUAUGAAA